UGCUUUCCUAGCUCGGAUCUUUUCUCCCUGACACGUCCGAGAUAGUGUCCGAGUGUCGUCAUCGCGUGUUUGUUUCCCACGCAGACUCGCACAGUUUCACGCGAAGACGCCAAUCAUGCUGUGGACCGCCAGCCAGGCCGUGAGGACAUUUUCUUCCACUUCUGUGAGGACAUUUUCUUCCACUUCUCAUUAUUUCCAGAAUAAACUCAAACUAGCUAUAAUUGGCCAGAGCCUGUUUGGGAAGGAGGUAUACAGCAACCUGAGGAAACAAGGUCACAAGGUGGUCGGCGUGUUCACUGUACCUGAUAAGGAUGGCAAGGCUGAUCCUCUUGCCUUGGCAGCAGAGAAGGACGGCACACCAGUGUUCAAGUUCCCUCGAUGGCGAGUUAAAGGGAAACCUAUCCCAGAGGUAGUGGAGGCCUACAAAGCGGUGGAUGCUGAGCUCAAUGUCAUGCCCUUUUGCUCGCAGUUCAUCCCUAUGAACAUUAUUGAUAAUCCCAAGCAUGGCUCCAUCAUUUACCACCCCUCAAUCCUCCCGCUGCACAGAGGAGCCUCAGCCAUCAAUUGGACUCUGAUUGAUGGUGAUAAGAAGGCUGGCUUCACGGUGUUCUGGGCGGAUGACGGCUUGGAUACUGGACCAAUCCUGUUGCAAAGGGAAUGUGCGGUCGAACCCAACGACACCGUGGACACACUCUACAACCGCUUCUUGUUCCCAGAGGGCAUAAAGGCAAUGGUGGAGUCGGUGCAGCUCAUUGCUGAUGGAAAAGCACCGCGAAUCCCCCAGUCAGAGAAAGGUGCAAGCUAUGAAGGAAUUCAGAAGAAAUCCAAUGCCAAGAUGGAUCUGGCUCAGCCAGCUGAGGCCAUCCACAACUGGAUCCGGGGCCAUGACAAAAUCCCUGGGGCCUGGACUGUCAUUGAUGGCCAGUCAGUCACCCUUUAUGGUUCAUCAAUGUUGCAAGGAUCAAUCCCGCCGGGUCAGCCGCUGGAAAUAGAGGGAGCAUCAAAGCCGAGCUUAGUGGCAAAGAAUGGUCUUGUUCUACAUGGAAGUGAUGGGAAAGCAGUCCUGGUGAAGAAUUUGCAGUUUGAAGAUGGAAAAAUGAUCGCCGCGUCAAAUUACUUUUCUAGUGGUGAAACUCAGCGUGUGGAAUUAACUGACAGCGAACAAAGCAUUGUGGAGGAGAUGAAGAACAUCUGGAAGGGCAUCCUCAGCAACGUUGCAGUCAUCGAGGACAACACUGACUUUUUCAAGUGUGGAGCUGCUUCUAUGGAUGUGGUCAGGUUGGUGGAGGAAGUGAAGCAGCGGGCUGGUGUCCUCCUUCAAAACGAGGAUGUUUACAUGGCUACCACCUUCCAGGACUUUGUUCAGAUGCUGGUUCGUAAGCUGAGAGGUGAAGAAGAAAAGAAUGAUCUGGUCAUUGACUAUGCCAUCCGAGAAGUGAACAACAUGACAGUGAAAAUGCCCUACCAGUGUUUCAUCGAUGGCUGUUUUGUGGAUGCUGAGAAUGGCAAGACCUACGAUACCAUUAACCCAACUAACGGAUCGGUUAUCUGUAAGGUGUCUUAUGCUUCAGUGGGGGAUGUUGAUCGUGCAGUGGCUGCUGCUAAACACGCUUUUGUUGCCGGGCCCUGGGGGAAGAUGAACCCAAGAGACAGAGGAAACCUCCUCUAUAAGCUUGCAGAUGUGAUGGAGCAACACCAGGAGGAGCUGGCAACCAUUGAGGCAAUGGACUCAGGAGCGGUGUACACUCUGGCCUUGAAGACUCACGUCGGCAUGUCUAUUCAGACAUUCCGCUACUUUGCUGGCUGGUGUGACAAAAUCCAGGGCAAGACAAUCCCCAUUAACCAAGCCAGACCAAACCACAAUCUCACCUUUACUAAAAAAGAACCAAUAGGCGUGUGUGCCAUCAUCAUCCCUUGGAACUACCCCCUCAUGAUGUUAGCUUGGAAAAGUGCUGCCUGCCUUGCAGCCGGAAACACGCUCGUUCUGAAACCUGCGCAGGUAACUCCACUAACAGCAUUAAAAUUUGCUGAGUUGUCAGUUAAAGCUGGUAUUCCAAAAGGAGUGAUCAACAUUGCACCAGGCUCAGGAGGAAUGGUGGGGCAGCGCAUGGCUGAUCACCCAGAUGUGCGCAAGCUGGGCUUCACUGGUUCAACACCCAUUGGCAAACAAAUCAUGAAAAGCUGUGCACUCAGUAACUUAAAGAAAGUGUCUCUGGAACUGGGAGGGAAGUCACCUCUCAUCAUCUUCAGUGAUUGUGACAUGGACAAGGCUGUUCGCAUGGGCAUGAGCUCUGUGUAUUUCAACAAAGGAGAAAACUGCAUUGCUGCUGGCCGUCUUUUUGUGGAAGAGUCAAUUCAUGAUGAAUUCAUCCGCCGUGUGGUAGCGGAAAUAAAGAAGAUGAAGAUCGGAGACCCAUUGGAUCUAUCUACAGAUCAUGGUCCUCAGAACCACAAAGCCCAUUUGGACAAGCUGCUGGAGUACUGUGAGGUUGGAGUCAAAGAAGGAGCCACAUUGGUGUAUGGAGGCAAACAGGUUGACCGACCAGGUUUCUUCAUGGAGCCGACUGUGUUCACUGACGUGGAGGACCACAUGUUCAUGGCUAAAGAGGAGUCUUUCGGCCCUAUCAUGGUGGUCUCCAAAUUUAAAGAUGGGGAUGUGGACGGUGUGCUGCAGAGAGCCAAUGACACGGAGUAUGGUCUGGCUUCAGGUGUGUUCACCCGAGACAUUAACAAAGCCAUGUAUGUUAGUGAACACUUGGAGGCUGGAACCGUUUUCAUCAACACCUACAACAAGACUGACGUGGCUUCACCUUUUGGAGGCUUCAAGCAGUCUGGCUUUGGCAAAGACCUCGGAGAGGAUGCGCUCAUGGAAUACCUCAAGACCAAAGCAGUGACUGUGGAAUAUUGACCGUCUUUUUUAAAGGGAAGUUCCGGGAUCAUUUUUGUGCCAUCAAAGCAACGCGAGUCCAAUGAGCAAUGUUUGUAUUAAUUGUUUUUAAAACAACACAAAUCAACUGACAUUUUCUCAUACUUUUCUACUCAUGAACAUGCACCUGCAGUAUUAGAUACACCACAUGGUGGCAGUGUUAUUCACCAAAUGAAGUACAGAUGGGCGGGACUUAAUGACAAGUACUGAGCCAUAAAUCAUUGACUGCUAGUCCAACAAUGAUGACACUUUGAGGAGACACAUCUAUGCCCCACCCCCUGAACUGUUUUCAUGAGCCCCCAAAAUUGAAACAGGAUUGAGAACAUGAUAAUAUCAUAUUUAUUUAUGUAUCUGCACAACCCUCUGCUUGAACUUAAAAACAUUUCCAGAUUAAGUUUAAUAAACAUUUGUAAUAUUUCAAGUCUGUGAUUCCCCAAACAGAGUAAAAAGUCCAAACAAUUCAA